AUGGCAGAUCCUCCUCGCGCGCCCAAGAACGCCGAUGCGUUCAGCCUGCACUCCACGGGGCACGACAGCGCCGUCCACGUCGACGACCACCGCGAGCCGCACUGGACCCCGCCGCCGCCCCCAGCCAUCCCCGCCGAUGUUGCUGCCCCAGCGCAAGCACUUGCGCAAUCCGACCAUGGCGACGACGACGACGACGAGAAUGCACCGCACGAGUACGUAUCUGACUCAGGCUUCGACAGCGAGAGCCUGCUCGGCGACGAGACGGACACGCUGGCCUCGUCCAUCAUGAAUUACCGGAUAGAAAACGGAAGACAGUACCACGCAUAUCGCGACGGCGCCUACUGGGGCCCAAACGACGAGGUGGCCAAGGAGAUUCUCGACUUCGCACACCACAUGUACCUCUUGACCCUCGACAAAAAGCUGCAUCUUGCGCCUAUAGCCAACCCGCAGCGCAUCCUCGACGCAGGUACCGGAACUGGCAUCUGGGCGAUAGACAUGGCCGAUCAAUACCCCUCCGCGACCGUGGUUGGUACCGACCUCUCCCCGAUACAGCCCGAAUGGGUCCCCCCGAAUUGCGUGUUUGAAAUUGACGAUGUAACCCUGGACUGGACAUUCCCGCCCAAUCACUUCGACUUCGUCCACGUACGCGAGCUCUUCGGCUGCGUCCCCGACUGGGACUUCUUCUUUGCCCAAGCAUACGACCACAUCGCCCCGGGCGGCUGGAUCGAGAUCGUCGAGCACGGCGUACACCCGCGCUGCGAUGACGGCACCAUGGGCGAAGACCACUUCUUCCACACGUGGGGGAAGACGGUGGUCGGACUGAGCGAGAAGUGGGGCAAAAGCUUCACCAUCUGGGAAGAGGCCAAAGAGAGACUGGAGAAGGCCGGCUUCGUCGAUGUCACCGAAGUCACCUACAAGUGGCCCAUGAACGGGUGGCCCACGGACCGAAAGAUGAAGGACAUUGGGCGAUGGAACCAGCUGCGGCUCCACGAAGGGGUCGAGAGCUUCAUGCUCCGGCUCCUGACACAGGUCGGCGGGUGGUCUGUCGCUCGCGCCCAGCUCUUCCUCGCACAGCUGCGUACAGAACUGAAAAACUACAAAGUCCAUGCAUACCUCCCAGGCACCGUAGUGUACGGCCGGAAACCCUUACGAAGCACAUGA